AUGUUGAGAAAGGCGCUGCUCUUGAUCGCACUCGGAUGCCUGGCUUUUAACUAUGUGCUCUGCGAGGAUGCGGCUGACGGUGAAGUCCGUGACGAGGGAGCUCAGGCCGCCCCGGCGGAAGACGAGCACCUGGUUGGCCCCAGCUCGGAUGCCGCCAUCUCAUUCCUCUUCACCACCCCCGAUGGAGCUAACAUCAACCGCGAACUGAUCGGCGGCAAACUUGUCAAGUACCUCAUCGGCUUCCGGAACCGCGGCGAGCGCGAUUUCACCGUCAAGUUCUCCGAGACGUCGUUCCGCUACCACCAGGACUUCAACUACCACCUCCAGAACUUCACCCACGGCCAGUACAACCGCCGCGUUGCCCCGAAGGAGGAGGUCACCGUUGACUACGGCUUCUUUGUCUCCGACCAGUUCGCCGGAAGGCCAAUGGGACUCACCGUUAGGCUGCACUACGAGGAUGCUGAUGGCCGUUACUUCAUCUCGAACGUCUUCAAUGAGACCGUCUCCGUGAUUGAAGACGAAUCUGGCUUCUCUGGCGAGACCUACUUCCUCUACCUUGUCUUCGCCGGCCUCGCCGUCGCCGCCUAUUUCGUUGGACAGCACUACUUUGGAAAGCUGAGCCGCAAGGCCGGUAUCACCAAGAAGCGUUCGGCUCCCGUCGAGACUGGCACUUCUUCCCGUUCUGAGGUCGACUACGAAUGGAUCCCCAGGGACGUCAUCAAGGCCGCCGAAAAGAAGUCUCCCAAGCCCGGCUCACCCAAGCAGCGCAAGGCCCAGAAGGCCGAA